AUGGCUAGUGAGGAUACUUUUCUAGUGCUGGUACAUCACAGAGGGUCGAUUAAGAGGAAAACUCGGUCCGGCGUGAAGUUCACUGAUAAGGAUCCCCUAUGUAUUAUGGUGAGGCCAACAACCACCUACGAUGCUCUCGUUAGCUCUGUGCUGGAGAAGCUUUGUCUGGAAGGAGUUAAAAGGGUUAAGAAGUUUUUCUAUCGCAUCCCAACCACGGUGCUCCAUGAUACCGUGAAGUAUGAUUGUUUCACGAUCGGGAGUGAUGAGGACUUGCAGGUUAUGUUUCUUUGUCGUAGGCAGUUUCCCGAGGUAAGGACAUCAGAGUUGUUGACAAAGUUGGUUGAUGUGGUAUCUAGCUCGGGUGGUUCGAACCGGAAUGUGAAUACUAUAGCCACGGUUGCCGGCUCGAGCUCGAGACCUGCGGUUGCUUCAUCCUCCGUUCCUGUGUAUGAGCCACCGAUGCAGCCUGUUGCCUCCCCUUCAUUUGCUGUUGAUCUGAGCGGCAAUGUUGGAGACGAGGUUCAAUAUGGGGAACAUCUUCCCAUCGAAGUGCAUUGUCCUACACCGGCUGGUGUUGGUGAGGGUUUGUUUGAUGAUCUAGAUGACAAUGAUGUCGAGUCGGAUAUGAUCGCUGAUGACAGCGGCGAUGAUCUUGGAACUACUAAUCCGAGAAGGGCUACAGGUGGAUCUAGUUCUGGCACACAGCAGUACCCACCCCAUUUUUCAUCGUUGGACCUGGAUGCCAUGAGGCAGGACGAAAAUCCUGUGCAAGCCUCUAGAUUUGGCGCUAGAGAUACGGAAGGGUCUGCCGGUAUGACGGAGUUCCAGGUUGGCCAACAAUUUCAGGAUAAAGACGAGGCGCUGUUGAGUGUGAAGACUUACAGCAUCCGCCGAGGGGUCCAGUACAAGGUCGUUGAGUCUGACUACCGUAGAUAUGUGGGAAAGUGUUCUGAGUUUGGGAAUGGGUGCACAUGGUUGAUUCGGUUGAGUCUCCGACAGCGGAAGGGCAUCUGGGACUACCAUGUGAUAGCGACAUUCAUUAUGCCAAUGGUUAGGGCUGAUGCCGCCGUCAACAUCAAGGUGCUUCAAAAUGCCACGGCCGCACACUUUGGGUUCAGGCCUACGUACAGGAGGGUAUGGAUGGCGAAGCAGAAGGCCGUUGCCGUCAUCUAUGGGGACUGGGAUGAGUCGUACAACGAGCUCCCUCGGUGGGUGUUAGGAGUUCAGCUGACGAUGCCUGGCACUGUAGCAGUCCUCAGGACUUGCCCUGUUCGAGUUGGGGCACAGCAUGACGAGUCUCAGGCUUAUUUUCAUAGGCUGUUCUGGUCUUUCUCCCUUGUAUCGAGGCAUUCCGUCAUUGCAAACCUCGCGAUUGCACAAGACGGAAACUCCAACAUAUUCCCCGUGGCAUUUGCACUAGUUGAGGGUGAGAAUGCUGAGUCAUGGUCUUUCUUUCUUUCCCACCUCCGUGAGCACGUGACACCUCAGCCGGGUCUGUUAGUUAUUUCAGAUAGGCAUAACGGCAUCAAGGCAGCGCUCGAGGCUCCCGAUGGGGGAUGGCUACCUCCGGCUGCAUACCGGGCGUUCUGCAUUCGACACGUUGCAGCGAAUUUCGCCCUGAUCUUCAAGGGAAAAGAUGCCUGGAGGCUUCUUGUUAACGCCGCAUAUGCGAAGACCGAAGUGGAGUUCGACUACUGGUUUGACAUUUUGCGCUCUGAGAAUCCGGCAAUGUGUGACUGGGCGAACCGAAUUGAGUAUUCGUUGUGGACAUAG